GGGGGCGCUGUUACACUGACUGAGGGCCCUCUUUACCAGAGUCUAGCUCCAAGACACUAACGUGUGUGUGCGUGUGCCUGCUGUAUGGUGUGGUGUGUGUGUGUGUAUCCAGUGAAAAUCACCCGGAGACGGACUGGGGAGACAGUUUUUGACCGUACCAAUGUGUGUAGCUCAUGAAUAUAUCGCAUUAAACCCGGCGGAAUCAUCUCGUGGACACAACUGUGUGUCGACAAUGAGGGAAUAAUCGGAGGGAGACACAACGGCGAGGCUCGUCUGUAGCUAACGUUUCUGUUGAACUGAGAGUGGGAGCACAGCUGCUGGCUACGAAAAUGUCGGGAAAAAUAGAGAGCAAGCAAGACUCGCAGCGGUCCCAUCUGUCCUCCUUCACCAUGAAACUGAUGGACAAGUUCCAUUCUCCCAAGAUCAAGAGGACUCCAUCCAAGAAAGGCAAGCAACUGCAGCCCGAGCCAGCAGCCAAGAGUACAGAGAAACCUGUGAACAAGAAGGUGAGCCGGCUGGAGGAGCAUGAGAAGGAGGUUGUCAGUGCCCUUCGCUACUUCAAGACAAUCGUGGAUAAGAUGGUCGUGGAGAAGAAGGUGCUGGAAAUGCUUCCAGGCUCAGCCAGCAAGGUGCUGGAGGCGAUUCUGCCUCUGGUUCAGGUGGAGGCCCGGAUACAGCACAGUUCGGCGCUGUCUUCCUGCCACAACCGCGUGUAUCAGAGUCUGGCCAACCUCAUCCGUUGGGCCGACCAGGUGAUGCUGGACGGCAUCGACUUGGAGGACAAGGAAAACGUGGCGUCCGUCACCAUCGUCAUCAAAGCCGUGCUGGACGGAGUAAAGGAAUUGGUGAAGCUGACCAUCGAGAAACAGGAACAGCCGUCGCCCACCACUCCCAACAAACCAGCACCGCCUGUUACCACAGCAGAGAGCAGCGUGUCAUCAGAGAUCCCCUCCGUAGAUCAGGAGCAGGAGGCGUCAAGUAAGACUGAUCCGGCUGCCGCUCCUGCAGAGGCUGCCUCUGACACACAAGAUGAAGACGUGGCGCCUCCCAAACCUCCCUUACCUGAAGCCAAAAUGGCGGAGCUCAGCCCUCCACCAGCUCUUCCUCCUAAGAAGCGUCAGUCUGCCCCCUCGCCUACACGGGUGGCAGUGGUUGCACCAAUGAGCCGCGGCUCCAGUCUGCCCUGCAGCGUCCACAGACAGCAGCAGGACUACGAGCAGGAGUUCCUUCAGAGGCGUUUCUCCGGUGGGAGCCAGUCUUACGGAGGUGACUCUCCACGCCUGUCUCCGUGCAGCAGUAUGGGUAAACUGAGCAAGUCCGACGAACAGCUCUCCUCCAUGGAGCAGGACAGCGGGCAGUGCUCUCGUAACACCAGCUGUGAGACGCUCGACAACACAGAGACUUACGACCCGGAUUAUGAUUUCCUCCAUCAAGACUUGUCAGUAGGAGAAAAUCUCCCGCCAAUCCCAGUAGGAGGGUGCCUGAGCCCGCUGCCGGAGUCCCACAGCGAGUCCUCCUCCCCAGUCCCCGGACAGCAUCCCUCACAUCCCCGCUUCAGUGCCCCUCCACCCCAGCAGCCUCCAGAAUACUGGACCCCACAGCCCAAUCAGACCAAUCCCUUACUCGCCCGCAUCAGCGCUCCCCCCGCCCUGCCUCAGAAGAAGCGACGCAGCACCCAGACGCCGCCCUUCCCCGACGGAGGCUCCCGCGUGCUGUACGAGCGCUACCCCUCCCAUUACGACAACCUGUCGGAAGAGGAGCUGCACCCCACGCCGCCAUUCCCGCUUCUCACGCCCAUCUCGCCCAUGCCGCAGACCAACGGGGGCGUGUUCGUCGCCCAGUACAUGGCCAGCGAGAACUCAGAUGUCCCCGCAAGCCCGCCGCCGCUGCCUGAGAAGAAAAGCAGACACAUUCUCCAGUACAUGCAGUUUGUUGAAGACUACUCGGAGCCGCAGCCCUCCGUCUUCUACCAGCUGCCGCAGAGCGAGAGCAUCUACGAGCAGCGCAACAAGCGCUUCCAAGAGGUUUACCGCUUUAACGACUCCUUCAGCAGCACAGACUCGGUCCACGAGCCGCUGCUGCCACCUGCAUUACCACCCAAACAACGACAACUGAGCGAGAGCGCGAAUGACGAGGGAGGGGAGGGGGAGUACGUCAACUUGUACUCGUCCAACCAUGCCAAUGGGGAGCUGCCUCUCUCCCUCAGAGAAACGAUCACGGCCGAUGAUGUGCUUCAAGACCCCGCCCCUCAGAUGCCAAACAGCAACAGCAAAGAGGCUUUGGACAAGGAGAGGCGACAGAAAUCGACAGAGUCGGCAGGGAGCGACGAGGAAGACGUGGACGAGCUCUCCCUCAUCGACCACAAAGAGAUCAUGAGCAGAAUAACACUAAAACAAGAAAGCGAUGACGGCCCUGACGUUCGUGCCGGAUCAGGAGACAUUCUAUUAGUCCACGCUACAGAAACAGACCGCAAAGAUCUGGUUUUGUACUGUGAAGCCUUCCUGACUACAUAUAGGACUUUUAUAACCCCUGAGGACCUCAUUAAGAAGCUACACUACAGAUACACUAGGUUCUGUCACAGUCCAGACACCUUCAAGAAGAGAGUCAGCAAGAACACGUUCUUCGUGCUGGUCCGGGUCGUUGAUGAGCUGUGUUUGGUUGAGCUGACGGAGGACAUCCUGAAGCAGCUGAUGGACUUGGUGUUCACGCUGGUGUGCAACGGCGAGCUCAGCCUCGCUCGCGUGCUCCGCAAGAACAUCCUGGACAAGGUGGAGCAGAAGAAGCUGCUGCGCUACACUAACUCCCUCAAACCCCUCGCGGCCCGUGGAGUCUCUGCAAGGCCGGGGACUCUCCAUGACUUCCGCAGUCACGAGAUAGCCGAUCAGCUCACUCUCCUUGACGCUGAGCUCUUCUAUAAAAUCGAGAUUCCCGAGGUGCUGCUCUGGGCCAAGGAGCAGAAUGAGGAGAAGAGUCCGAACCUGACUCAGUUCACUGAGCACUUUAACAACAUGAGCUACUGGGUGCGCUCUUUGAUCAUCCAGCAAGAGAAAGCUCAAGACAGAGAGAAGCUGCUUCUCAAGUUCAUCAAGAUAAUGAAGCACUUAAGAAAGUUGAAUAAUUUCAACUCCUACCUGGCAAUACUGUCCGCUCUGGACUCCGCCCCCAUCAGGAGACUGGAAUGGCAGAAACAGACCUCAGAGGGAUUGGAGGAAUAUUGCACGUUGAUUGACAGCUCCUCCUCCUUCAGAGCGUACAGAGCUGCUCUGGCUGAAGUGGAGCCUCCGUGCAUCCCGUACCUCGGUCUCAUCCUCCAGGACUUAACCUUCGUCCAUCUGGGAAACCCCGACCUCAUCGACGGGAAGGUGAACUUCUCCAAACGCUGGCAGCAGUUUAACAUCCUGGACAGCAUGCGGCGCUUCCAGCAAGUGCAUUACGAGCUGAAGCGCAACGAAGACAUCGUCUGCUUCUUCAACGACUUCAGCGACCACCUGGCGGAGGAGGCGCUGUGGGAGCUGUCGCUGAAAAUCAAGCCCAGGAACAUCACCCGGCGCAAGACGGACCGCGAGGAGAAGACCUAGGAGUCCCCACGUCCCCCCCUGUGCUCUCUGAGACUGACCUCCAACUGUGCUUCAUGACACUAACUCCACUUUACUACAGACUGAGAGAGAGAUGAAUGGAAGCUACCCGCUGGAGCUAAUGGGAGACUCAAACUACAGACGAGUGAAGCGUGGUCCGAGGUUUACAUAGAGCGCUGCAGCUCUGGGAGAUUAUUAUUGGGAUUACUGCGACUCCGGGGCGAGGAGAGGAGACGGGAAGAAGCCUGGUGCCGAGGAGAAAGAAGAAGAAGAAGAAGAAGAAGAAGAAUCACAUGGAGUGGGCGGGGAGACGCUGUGGAAAUAACCAAAGUCUGCUCCCUGGGCUCUCUGUUUUAGAGUGGAGCUGUUGCGUGUGCGUGAGAUUGAGCUGAAUGGUCCAUUACCCUCCCAGUUGCUCCCUCCUCUUCCUUUAUGUACGUGCCAUUUGUUGGUCAUCCUCUGAAACCCCCUCCAGUUCCCUUCAAGGAGAAGAACCUGGACCACAGCGUGCCCUGAACUCUGACUCGUAGGCUGCAGACAGGAGACUCUGCCGAGGGAUCACUGUGGGGGGGGUUUGAACUUGAACAGAGGAUGACCGUUCGAGACUGAGUUUGUUUUGAGACAUUUUUUUGUGUAAGAAUCAUGUAUGGUUAUGAAAUGUAUUAUAUACAGUGCUCCUUUUGUUCUCGAAAAGGAUGUUUAUGCUUAUGAGAAGAGCUUAGCUUCUCCCAAAAAGUGCCAUACGUAUGUGCACUCAAAAAAAGCAAAGCAAAAAAACAGAAAAAAGACGAAUUACUAAAGAUGCUGUGAUCUAUGUAUGUCAUACUGAAUCAUCGUGUGCCGUGUUCAGGUGUAGAGAACCAUCAGGCCGUCACAAUCACGUCCCCGUCACGUCGCUGUGUGAGAGAGUGUUUGUGAAGAGCGACUGAAGGAGUCCUCCGAGACUCGUGUGUUUGCCAUUCCAAAAAACGUGCUGUAGUAAAUCAUUGAUUCCUUUUUUUUGGGAUAAAACCAACACAUCACACUGUGCUAUCAAACUCCAAUAAAACAAACAGCUCUGUUUCUAUACACA